UUCUUGCCACAUUCUGUGAUAAACAUUCCUGUUUUGUAGCAUUUUAUUGUGGGCAAAUUUCCAAGUGAAUCGGUAAUGGUGCAUAUGGCUAAUUAGCUGAUUGAGCUAAGGUAAAUAGUGGCAGCAAAAUCCUGCAUAUACACCGCCCCACCAGGAGUUGUCCAUCCCUGAUUUAAUUGAUCUGAAUGGCCUUAAAGAUGGCAGACAUCAAUCAAUUGUCAAUUGAUGUCAAAAGAUUGGUCAGGCAAGGAACAAUAAAGAAAAAGAAGUGAUUGGAAUGAGUGCUCUCUUUCACUCACUCACUCUCACUCUCUCUCUCUCUCUCUCUCUCUCUCUCUGUGCCAUCCUUAAUGCUUAAAUCACAGUGAUAGCCAUGUUGUCUUAUUAUGUACAGCCACUGGCUAUUUUUAUGUCUUGGGAUAUAUACAUGACUCCUGCACUGAAAUGGCUGUAUUUUCCACAGAGUCUGGAAGGAGACCUGCACUUCCUGAUCUGAGGAUUUUGCUGGUGGGAAAGACUGGAGUAGGAAAGAGUGCAACCGGAAACACCAUCCUGGGGAGAGAGGUGUUUAAAGAGGGAGUUUCCCCUAAAUCUGUCACCAUAAAGUGUGAGGAACAUAGUGGAGAGGUGGCAGGGAGACAUGUUACUGUAAUCGACACACCUGGGAUCUUUCAUACAUCUCCUUCUUUUGAUCAAAUCGCACGUGAAAUGAUAGAAAGCAAGAGCCACUUUUUCCUGCUAGUGAUCAGACUGGGGAGGUUCACAGAGGAAGAGAGGGCCACUCUAAAAUGGAUCCAGGAGAAUUUAGGAGAAGAGGCUUUGCAGUACACAAUGGUGCUUUUCACAGGAGGAGAUGAGCUGAGAUCACCAGUGGAGGAGUUUCUGAGUGAAGGCAGCGGUCUUCAGGAGCUCAUCCACAGCUGCGGUGGUGGAUAUUACGUCUUCAACAACAGAGACAGAAAGAACCGCACUCAGGUUGCAGCACUGCUGGAGAAGAUUGACACUGUCCUGUUUAGUAUGACAGGAUACCAUCAUGCCAUUAAGCAUAAGCUCAAUAAGCUUCCACUUGCCAUCCAACAGGUUCCAAGAAUGAUAUGGGGAAAAAUUGAAGAAAUUAGUAAUUUGGCUAAGAUGAUCGUAGGUCUUGUAAUGGUAGGACUACUGGUGAUAGGGUUACGUAAAAAUAAAAAAACUCAAAAUAUAAAAGCAGAGGAUGAGCGACAGAGGGAGGAGGUAGAGGACUGCGACCAGGACUACACUAAAGAAUUACCCCAGGGCCUGUCCCAGCCGGGGCCUGUCCCAGCCGGGGGGCCUGUCCCAGCCGGGGGCUGGGGAGCAUCUCUGGGUAAGGACACCUGCACUGUGCCUACCAGGAGGAAGGGAAAGCCUCAAGAAGGUCCUGGGUUCGAGGCUCGCCUGGGCCUCCCUGUGUGCAGUCUGCAUGUUCUCCCCGUGUCUGUGUACUCCGGUUUCCUCCCGUAG